AUGUCAGAAACACUCACGGUGACGGAGACUCCUGCCCCCGAGUCUGGGGAGGUCUCUGCGCCAGGAUUAGGAGGGCUGCUGGGAAACCUGGGUGGGCAGAGCCCCCCGUCUCGGGAGGGAGGUUUCAAGCAGGUGACGGUUACUCAUUGGAAGAUCCAAACAGGAGAGGCAGUCCAGGGGGGGAGUGGGUGCAGAGGCAACCCCGUCCUGCCCUCGGACCUCCUCAUCCUCCAGAGGGAACUCAUGGAAGGGGAAGCCCACCCAUGCGGGACGUGUGGCAAAAGCUUCCCAUUUAUCUCGGACCUCGUUAGACACCAGGUUUCCCAUGCUGCAGAGAAGCCUUACAGGGGUGACCAGUGUGGGAAAGCCUUCAGCCAGAGCUCCCACCUUGUUGAGCACCAGAGAGUUCACACUGGAGAACGACUCUACGUGUGCAAUGCUUGUGGGAAAGACUUUGCUCACUACGCAGAGCUCGUUGAGCACCAGCGAGCGCACGCCGGAGAAAAGCCGUUCAAGUGCGCUCAGUGCGGGAAAGCCUUCUGUCACAGCUCAGACCUGAUCCGACACCAGCGCGUCCAUACCCGGGAGAGGCCUUUUGAAUGCAAGGAGUGUGGGAAAGGCUUUAGUCAGAGCUCGUUACUCAUCCGACACCAGAGGAUUCACACGGGAGAAAGGCCCUACGAGUGUAACGAAUGCGGGAAAUCCUUCAUUAGGAGCUCCAGCCUCAUUCGACACUACCAGAUCCACACCGAAGUGAAGCAGUAUGAGUGCAAGGAGUGUGGGAAGGCCUUCCGGCACCGCUCGGACCUCAUCGAACAUCAGAGGAUCCACACCGGAGAGAGGCCCUUUGAAUGCAACGAGUGUGGCAAAGCCUUCAUCAGGAGCUCGAAGCUCAUCCAGCACCAGCGGAUCCACACCGGGGAGAGGCCCUACGUCUGCAACGAGUGUGGGAAGCGCUUCAGCCAGACGUCCAACUUCACGCAGCACCAGAGAAUUCACACUGGAGAGAAGCUUUAUGAGUGCAAUGAGUGUGGGAAAGCUUUCUUCCUGAGUUCAUACCUCAUCCGACACCAGAAAAUUCACACUGGGGAGCGGGUCUACGAAUGCAAGGAGUGUGGCAAAGCCUUCCUGCAGAAAGCUCAUCUCACGGAACAUCAGAAGAUCCACACGGGGGACAGGCCCUUUGAGUGUAAGGACUGCGGGAAAGCCUUCAUCCAGAGCUCCAAGCUGCUGCUGCACCAGAUCAUUCACACCGGAGAGAAGCCCUACGUGUGCAGUUACUGUGGGAAAGGGUUCAUUCAGAGGUCCAACUUCCUUCAGCACCAGAAGAUCCACACUGAAGAGAAACUGUACGACUGUAGUCAGUAUGAGAAAGAUUUCCACAAUCACCCAAACUUUAAAAAUCACCAAGGUGUUACUCAGGAGGGGCUUCCCCUGAGUAAGACCCCCGCACACUUGGGUGAGAAACCUGUGAGUCAGGAGGAUCCUACAGACCUGUGA